AUGGCCACUAAAGCGGCUCUGCACAUUGCUCCGCUGUGCGUCAUUUUGGAGCGUGUAAAUGGGCCGGUGCAGUGCAGUAAGGGAAAAAAAGGGGCCCCUCAUAAGUCCGCCACAGUGAAUGAAUUAUUAAUGGAUAUAAAUCCCAAACAGAGGGAUGGGGCCGAGACUAAUGUCCGCUGGCAUGAGUUCCGUAGAGAUGGGCAGCAUCUCAAGGAAAGCCGGGCAGCCUGGCAGCUUCACACCGCUGUCAGCUGA